UUUCUCUACACAAAAAAAAAAAAAAUCAAAAGAAUCUCUCUCUUUCUCGCUCUCAACGCAGAGCGAUAGGCGCCGAGGCUUCCAACAAUCCAUCACAACAACCAAUUACACGCUUUUCUAAGAAUGGAUCAGGUUCAACACCCAACUAUCAUGCAGAAGGCGGCUGGACAGCUCCUUCAUUCUAGCCAUGCUCAAGAUUUCCAAGGUUAUGGUGGGUCUUUCAGGAGGCCUGCUCCAUACCAAAGGCGAGUUGUGUACGGGAACUACUCGAAUGCUGCACUGCAGUAUCCUGCUGUACGGGCUUCUGGAGCUACCAGUGACCUACGUAUGGUUCCAUCGACAGCAUCUGCUAUCUGUGUUCAAGCCCCUGCAGAGAAAGGAUUUACCAGCUUUGCUAUUGAUUUCCUCAUGGGUGGUGUUUCUGCUGCUGUAUCUAAAACUGCUGCUGCUCCAAUUGAGCGUGUUAAGCUUUUGAUUCAGAACCAAGAUGAAAUGAUCAAAACUGGUAGGCUCUCUGAACCCUACAGGGGCAUUGGUGAUUGUUUCAAGAGAACAAUCCAGGAUGAAGGGUUUGGUUCUUUGUGGAGAGGAAACACUGCCAAUGUUAUACGUUAUUUCCCCACUCAGGCCUUGAACUUUGCUUUCAAGGAUUACUUCAAGAGGCUUUUCAACUUUAAGAAAGACAGAGAUGGUUACUGGAAGUGGUUCGCUGGAAACUUGGCAUCUGGAGGUGCAGCUGGUGCUUCUUCCCUUCUCUUUGUCUACUCCUUGGAUUAUGCUCGAACCCGUCUUGCCAAUGAUGCAAAGGCCGCAAAGAAGGGAGGAGAGAGGCAAUUCAAUGGCCUUGUUGAUGUCUACAGGAAGACCUUGAAAUCCGAUGGCAUUGCUGGUCUUUACCGUGGUUUUAAUAUCUCAUGUGUUGGAAUCAUCGUUUAUCGUGGUCUAUACUUCGGAAUGUACGACUCUCUAAAGCCCGUUGUUCUCACCGGCAAUAUGCAGGACAGUUUCUUUGCUAGCUUCGCCCUCGGUUGGCUCAUAACCAAUGGUGCUGGCCUUGCAUCUUACCCUAUCGACACCGUUCGUAGAAGAAUGAUGAUGACAUCCGGCGAAGCCGUCAAAUACAAGAGCUCUCUCGACGCAUUUUCUCAGAUCUUGAAAAACGAGGGUGCCAAAUCUCUGUUCAAAGGUGCCGGAGCUAACAUCCUUCGUGCUAUCGCCGGUGCUGGUGUGCUCGCUGGAUAUGACAAGCUGCAGCUCAUUGUUUUCGGAAAGAAGUACGGAUCCGGUGGUGCUUAAUUAUGGGGUGGUGGUCUAUCUCCCCACUUUUGUUGCGAUUUUUAGGUAUAAAGAUGGCGAUGAAAAGCUCGACCUGAGAUAUUUAUUUCGGCUAAAUUUCAUUAGUAAUUCAGAUUUUGUUGGAGUAACUCCCUAAACGAUUUUUUGUUUUUCAGAUGGGAAAUUUUGAUUACCCAUCUCUGAUUUUUGAUUUGCUUUUAAGAAUUGAAAUAAUGUUUUUAU